AUGCUAAGACAUUCAAAUAUCAAUUAGAAUAACAAGAUAUUAAUCAUAAAUAGAUCCUAAAAUAGGUAUAAAAUAAGUACAAAACUGAAGUUGCCAAAUUAUAAUAAAGCCUAACUUAAAUAUCCAGUGCUGAAUAUCAUAACUAAAAUUUAGUAUAAGAAUUAGUAAUUUAUAUAUAUUUAUCUAGGAAACUGAAUUGA